GCCUCAGCCUCUGAGGCCUCGGGGGCCGCGGUGGGUGCAGCUCGGGCCGGGUGCGGAGCCGAGGCGAGGGGGCCGGCGGCGGGCCCGAAGCCGAGGCCGGGCCGGGCCGCCCCCACCGCGCCCGGGAUGCAGCGCUGAGGCCCAGCAUGGCCGGCCCGGACCCCACCUUCCCGCUGCACCGGCUGGUGUGGGCGAACCGGCACCGCGAGCUGGAGGCCGCGCUGCACAGCCGCCAGCAUGACAUUGAAGAGGAGGACCCCCGGGGACGGACACCCCUGGAACUGGCCGUGUCCCUGGGGAACCUGGAGUCCGUGAGAGUCCUCCUCCGGCACAAUGCCGACGUGGGCAAGGAGAGCCGCCAGGGCUGGGCAGUCCUGCAGGAGGCGGUCAGCACUGGAGAUCCUGAGAUGGUGCAGCUGGUGCUCCAGUAUCGGGACUACCAGCGGGCCACACAGCGGCUGGCUGGCAUCCCGGAACUGCUCAACAAACUCCGCCAGGCCCCUGAUUUCUACGUGGAGAUGAAGUGGGAGUUCACCAGCUGGGUGCCCCUCGUGUCCAAGAUGUGCCCGAGCGACGUGUACCGCGUGUGGAAGCGCGGUGAGAGCCUGCGGGUGGACACCAGCCUCCUGGGCUUUGAGCACAUGACCUGGCAGCGCGGUCGCAGGAGCUUCAUCUUCAGGGGCCAGGAGGCGGGGGCCCUGGUGAUGGAAGUGGACCACGACCGGCAGGUGGUGCACACGGAGACGCUGGGGCUCACGCUGCACGAGCCAGACACGCUGCUGGCUGCCAUGCGGCCCAGCGAGGAGCACGUGGCCAAUCGCCUCACCUCACCCAUCGUCUCCACCCACCUGGACACGCGCAACGUGGCCUUUGAGAGGAACAAAUGUGGUAUCUGGGGCUGGCGGUCUGAGAAGAUGGAAACCGUGAGCGGCUACGAGGCCAAGGUGUAUAGUGCCACCAACGUGGAGCUGGUGACACGCACACGCACGGAGCACCUCUCGGAUCAGGACAAGUCGAGGAGCAAAGGGGGAAAGACCCCUUUCCAGUCCUUCCUCGGCAUGGCUCAGCAACACUCUUCCCACAACGGGACCCCUCUGCAGCAGGCAGCCAGUCCCACCAACCCCACAGCCAUUUCCCCCGAUGAAUACUUCAACCCCAACUUCAGCCUGGAGUCCCGGAACAUCGGUCGCCCCAUUGAGAUGUCCAGCAAAGUACAGAGGUUCAAGGCAACGCUGUGGCUGAGCGAGGAGCAUCCGCUCUCCCUGGGCACCCAGGUAACGCCCAUCAUCGACCUCAUGGCCAUCAGCAACGCCCACUUUGCCAAGCUGCGGGACUUCAUCACCUUGCGCCUCCCACCUGGCUUCCCGGUCAAGAUCGAGAUCCCCCUUUUCCACGUGCUCAACGCCCGCAUCACCUUCAGCAACCUGUGCGGCCGGGACGAGCCCCUCAGCUCGGUGUGGGUGCCCGCACCUGGCGCCGCCGUCCCAGCGUCAGGUACCGCCGGCGGGAGGGGGAGGGCGGCCGCGGGGCUCUCUGGCCCCCCAGCGCCGGCGUCGAGCGCGGCCCCUUGUGCCGCCUGCGCAGGCAGCCCCUUCCCGUGCGAGGUGGACCCCGCGGUGUUUGAGGUGCCCGAGGGCUACAGCGUGCUGGGCGCCGAGCGCAGCGAGCCCCUCCACGACGAGGAUGACGACCUGCUGCAGUUCGCCAUCCGGCAGAGCCUGCUCGAGGCGGGCACGGAGGCCGAGCAGGUGACCGUCUGGGAAGCCCUGAGCAACGCCCGGCCUGGCGCCCACCUUCCUCCCCAGCCCGAGGCGUAUGAGGAGCAGCUUCAGCUGGAGCGGGCCCUCCAGGAAAGCCUGCGGCUGUCCACAGAGCCCCAGGGCCCAGGAUCCCCUCAUCGGACGCCCCCGUCCCCGGCACCCCCAAGCUUUGAGGAGCAGCUGCGCCUGGCCCUGGAGUUGUCUUCGCGGGAGCAGGAGGAGAGGGAGCGGCGGGGGCAGCAGGAGGAGGAAGACUUCCAGCGGAUCCUGCGGCUGUCGCUCACGGAGCACUGAGCCCCCCGGGCCUGGGAGCCUUGUCCCGGCCGCGGCCCCUCCCGCUUUUAUAAUUUAUUGAUUUAUAAACUGUCUGCUGCCGAGCUCGGGGCCUGGAGCCCUGGGGGUGGGCUUGCAACGGAGACCAAGAAGGAAAUAAAGGGACCGUCAGCAGCGAGCUUGCUCUGCUC